AUGUUUCUGGCUCUGGCCCUUAUCGCUGCCAGGUUGAACGGGAAAGAAGUAUCGGACUACGGUACCAAACUGGAACAAACACUUCUGCUUUCGCCGACAAUCUUCCCCCUAAUCUUCGCGGCCUUGAUGGGAAGGUUCUUCCGACAUGUUGGUCUCUUCCUUGCUCAACGAGGCACAACUCUCGGCCGUCUCGAACAGCUGAUUGGUUGCCAAUCCGUCUUCUCCGCACUCGAACGUCAAUUUUGUCUGAGAUCCUGGUCUAUCCUUGGACUUGCAUCCGUCUUGAUUUGGCUCCUUUCGCCAGUCGGUGGACAGUCUGCACUUCGUCUUAUUGACCAAGAGAUUGGAAACGUCCAGUUUACCAAACAAGUGCGCUACCUCCAUCCGACGACGUUUAUGGAUUCAUUAAUGGAGACUGGUAAUACCCUUAGUUCAGGCCGUAGCUCCUUCACUCCAAUUUUCCUCACAUCUAUACUCAGCAGCACCAGAUACCGUACUACGCCCAUGGACCUAUGGGGAAACGUCAAACUCCCGCUCUACCGCACUAUCGAGAACAGUACGUCUGACGAGUGGAAGUUUGUGCCGAACGGUACAGCCGACAACGUCACAUACGCUUCCCUAAUCGGCUACGAUAUCGCCGUAAGGAGGCAGUUCAUGGCUACCGCACUCCUCGCCAUGACGAGCGCGGACAACUUCAAUAUGCCCGCUGCAAUAGCUCGAGGCGCGACGACUAUGGAGAAAUGGCUGCAGGACCCACUCGACUUCACCGGCGUAUUCUUUGGAAACGUCGAACUCUACAAGCUGUCGCCGCAAGUCUUCGGCGACCGUCUGACUAUAAUGUACAAUACAUUCUGGCAAUCCACAUACGCCAGCAGAGCGAUCGGCGGAAAUUUACCAGCAUCCGUGAUGGAAACAGGCGCUAUGAACUUCACCCAGGCACAACGUGCAGACGCCAAUAUUACAUUCGUCGCGACCGAAGCCAAUGUAUCGCAGGAUACGAUGCCAAUGUACAAAACAGAUUGGAGAUGGUUCGCAGCAUUAUUGGUUUGCUCAUUCAUACUGCUUGCCGCCGCGUACACCGGACUCGUACUUAAGUACAUCACGAUCGCACCGGAUAUCAUCGGCUAUGCAUCCUCGCUGACGCUUUUGAAUCCCUAUGUCCCAACGCCUACGGGAGGAACCACUUUGACUGGAUUGGCGAGAACAGCGUUGAUGCGCGACUACCCUGUACGCAUAGGAGAUGUCUGCCCGAAUGAGGCCGUGGGCGCGAUAGCAUUUGCGAGAGCCGACAGGAACGUAGGAAAGCUAGACAGGAAACGAUUAUACAUAUGA